CCUAACGUCAACCUGACAGGUUCUGUUGCGUCACAUACGCAUUUAUUUUUGUGUUUUCUUUUUUCCCUCCUAUUUUGUUUAUUAUCAUGACAAUUUAUUCCUAAAACGUAACGUCGGUGAAUGAUAAUGCAAUACUACUCCGCGUAUAAAAUAGCAAAAAAUGAACCUAACCUUGAGGCGAUUGUGUCAACUCGAAUCAACUGUUUACAAUUCCAACAUUUGAAAACAUUGCAUAUUUCCUUGUUUUUGCCUUGAUUUUAAAUAAACCAGUGCUUGUUUCUACUCAAUUUAGUUGUCCUAUGUGCAAAUUUCAUUCGUAUAAUUGUUUGUCGUUCGUUCCAGGCGAAGAUUUGGUGCAAUGCGUUCCCACAAGGAAAGGCCACCAGAUUCUCUACAAAGGUUACACUUACGUGUUCAAAAGUAGGCUGCAGUGCGGUGCAGAGCAGUGGUGCUGCUCGUACCGGCAGAAAACAGGUUGUAUAUCCGUGAUAAACAUGCAAAUGUGCGGUGUUGAAGUUGUCAGAGAUUUCCACAACCAUAAGAAGCCUAUGUUCUCUGAUACGUUGCAGAACCCAGAAGAACUGCCAGAAUGGGUGUCAAUAUAUUUUUUGAAGAAGGAUGACAAUGUCCAACGAUGCAACAUAUGCGAGAAAGUGGUCCAAGCUUCAGAGAAAUCCUUAGAUCUGUUAGACCAUUUAAAAACAAGUCAUGCCGAGGUCAUAGAUUUACAUAAGAACGCCGAUUCAACGGUGGGGUUUCGCAUAGAGUUCCUUCAGUUGAAUGUUCUCAAUGACGAUGGUGUGGAGAAGACGCAGCCGGUGAUCUUGGGUGAGGUCUGCGAAGGGCCUACGGAGGAGGUUGUCAGCGAAAAAACCAUCGCCCUGACGGACUGUGAGCCGUCUAACGUUCAGUAUGUUCUGAUCCCGAAGAAAAGGAAAUACAAACGUGACCAUGAGACUCGGAAACGCAGCUGGGUGUGGAAAUACUUCGACAAGCUGAGCACCAUCAUCUUCCGUUGCAACAUCUGCAACGUCGUACUGUCUAUCAAGGGUUGCAACACUAACAACAUGAACCGCCACGUCCGCACUCGUCACCCGGACGUCUACCAAGUGGAAGUGAGGGGCAAGGGGGAGGCGGACUCCUUCCUGGACCUUCAGGAAGUGGAGACACCCUAUGCUGUGAAAACGGAGGAAAUCACGGAUAAGGACUAUGAUGACGGGAGUGUUGUAGAGACACUGUCAGGGGACAAGAAGGCUCCCCGAAGCUGGGUAUGGUCCUACUUCAAGAAGCUUAGCGGAACCCAGGCCCAAUGCAAGCUGUGCAACCGAAACAUCUCACACGGCGGCAACGCCACAGGCAACAUGAACAGACACAUCAAGAUGAUUCACAAGGAGGUGUACACUAAGGUUGCAGACGAAAACAGCUGGGUCUGGAAAGUGUUCGAAAGCGACGAGGACGAGUUCUACUCCUGCAAGAUUUGCCAGUUCAAGUGCACCAAAUACGCCAACAUCGACAAGUCUGUGCACUGCAUCCUCAAGCAUUUGAAGGCGGACCAUGGGGUGGUGUCUGGCGACCAGAUUAUUACUAGUGUCGAUUGUGACACUGAGUCACAUUGAUUGUGGACUUAAUUUGCAGUUGCGUAAGGUUUGAUUUCAUGUGAAACAUCUUAAACUUUUCUAGACGGAAGCCGUCUAAACGUUUUACCGAAACCAUGAUUUUAAAUUCUAUUUGUAUGAGGUUAAAGUUCAAUUUUGUUUGCAAACGUAAAAUUGUAAAUUGAAGUCAUUGACAAGUCUAUCCUCUGCAUCCUCAAGCAUUUGAAGGCGGACCAUGGGGUGUCUGGCGACCAGAUUAUUACUAGUGUGGAUUGCGACACUGAGCCACAUUGAUUAUGGACUUAAUUUGCAGUUGCGUAAGGUUUGAUUUCAUGUGAAACAUCUGAGACUAUUCUAUUCUAGACGUAACGUGAUUUUAAUUAUUUUUGUAUGGUGUUAAAGUUCAAUUUUGUUUGAAAACGUAAAUUACACCAACAUUGACAAGGGUAAUUGUGACACUGAGCCAAAUUGAUUGUGGACUCUCUUAGAAGUAACGUAAGGUUGAUUUUGUAACGUAAAUUAUCAGGACGCCUUGACGGCAAGUAUGAUUUUGGAUAAAAUAUUAAAGUGUGUCCGAACUUCAUCUAGGUGUGACACUGAACUAUAUUGAUUUUGACCUAAUGGCAGUCACGAAGGGUUUAAUUUUCAAUGGUUUUUAAAAUGGUAAUCAUUUGUACGAAAAUAAUUAAAUUCAUGUCUCUUGGUAUGGAUUGAAGAAUACUUUAUUGCAAACUUAACUGAACAAUUCAAUGUAAUAUGCAUGCACACGUAAGUAAUUUUGAUUUGUAAAGUUAGAACACUAAAGUUUGAUUACAUUUUUAACUUAACAUCGGUUUUUGAGUGCAUUCUCCAAAAUUAAGAGGGUACCGUAACCGUACGCUGCAUUUGUCUUAACUGUAAAUUACAAAACGUUAAUAUUUUAUUAGUUAAAAUUCAUAAUAUUUAUUUACUACAGAACGGUAGCGGUAGCGAGUUUUCUUUUUGUUCUUAGCAAGUAUUUAUAUUUAUAACUUAAACACUUUUAAAUAAUAGUAUAAUUCAGUAGGGUAAUUUUGUUUGUACUAUAUAAGAUUUUAGUAAUAUAUAGGGUUACAGGUAAACUUUCUUUUAUCUGAAUAAGUUGUAUAUUUUACAGAAUAUUAAUAAAACUCUAUUGCUUU